AUGAGUGUCAAUUUUGUCGAUUAUUUCGCCAACGAGCACAAUGGGUAUGAUAUAUUAUAUCAUAACAUGAAAUACGGAUUCUUUGCAAGCAAAGAGCUCUCGGAGUAUCUCAGAGAAAGGUCAAAUAUAGAAGAGACAAAUUCGAAAUCAUUAGCUAAGUUAGCGAAACAGGCGAAUAGUAACUGCACGCAGGGUACAUUCGCACCGUUUUGGGGCGUUUUGAAAUGUUCUGCCGAAAAGCUAUCCAAUUUACAUCAACAUAUGUUUCAAAAACUGAGUGAACUAGUAAAGGAUGUAGCUAGGUAUGCAGAAGAACUUCACAAAAAGCAUAAGGCAGUCAAAGAUUCUGAAUCUAAUACUCUAGAAGUGGUAUUGCUAAUUCAGAACACAAAGCAGGCACUACAAAAGGCUAAAGAUGUGUACACAACUAAGUCAGCUGAAUUAGAGAAGUUACGGAAAGAUAAUGCAUCUGCUAAAGACGUUGAGAAGGCUGAGGUGAAGCUGAAGAAGCUCCAUGAAGAUUACCGACAGUUAGCCGAGAAGUACAACCUGGUGAAACAGGACUUUGAAAAGAAAAUGACCCAAACAUGUAAACAUUUUCAAGAUGUGGAGGAAGCUCACCUUAAGCAGAUGAAACAGUUUGUCAACUCCUAUGCUGAUAUUAUUCAAAACAACCAUGAUCUGAUGGGACAAGUGCAUAGGGACUUUAAACACCAAUGCCUAGAGCUAACAGCUGAAAAAUUGCUGGAACAGUUCUUGAUAAAAAAAUAUAAUGCAAUAGAAAAAGCAAUUAUUGAACUUCCUACAUCUUUACCCAAACCAGGCUCAGCAAACAAUUCAAUAUCUGAAGCUGACCAAAUAUCUACUAUCUCUAAUGGAUCUCAUAAACCAGCCCAACCAGCUAAAGCUCCUAAGAAAGAACCUUCCUUUGCCACAAAAACUUCUAGAAGAACUACCUCCCUUUUGAAUUUGUUUACACCUAAUUUCCAAAGCAAGGAAGAGCCCAGUGGUAGUGCUGAAGGUGCAGCACCAUGUUCUGCACCUUCCAGUCCUAGUGGUACACCAGCUACACCAGUAGCACCAGACAAAGAUGAUAACAUGGGCCGGACUACUCUUAGAGAAUCAAAGUGGUUCAUGCGCAGCAGGAGACCUAAGCUGAAAAAGCCUAAGAAGAAAAAAGAAGAUAUUUCAGAAAAUUCGAAUCCUGGAGAAAAAUCUGACUUAGAAGAGAAAGAGGAAGAAGCACCAACAAAAGAGGACUUAAUCAACUCACCAGAAGUUGAUGAGGAAGGCUACUGUAUCAGGCCCAAAGAUGAGAAAGGCAGUGUCUAUUCCUCUACAGAUUCUGAUUCUGAAGAAGAGAGGGAACAGAAAAUUCAUGUAGAAAUUAAACCCAUAAGCAAUGGUAAUCCUAUAUCUGCCAGUGUAGAUGAACUCAGAGCCACUGUUGAGAAUAUUUCUUUGUACAAGAUUGGUACAGCCACUGGCCGAAGAGGAUCUAAUGCCAAUACUAGUAAAGCUAGUAGUGACUUACUGGACUUGAACUUCUUUCAGAGCCCUACCGCCAGCAAUCCUGCAUCCCCGCAUGGCAACGCUUCGAAUCCUUAUGCUCCCUUGCAGGGCAAUCAGUCACAUUUAUUGGAAAGUCCCACUCCAAUUUCUAAUGCAGAUGUAGGUGAUCUGUUCUCUGAAGUUGGUGAAAUGAAUCAAUCGAAUAUACGCACAUCGACGCCCACGAUAUCCACGUCUAUUUCGCUGCCCAGGCCACCUUCACGACGAUCUGAGGGCGACUUCCGCACUGCAGGCUCCUCAGGCUCACGUGGUCCGUCACCUCUAACUAUAGGCAUGGCAGAUACUAUACCGUUAGCUGUUGCUUUUCACGAGAUUAUACACUCAUACUUCCGGGGUACGGAAGAAUCCAAGUGCCAAGUAAAGAUGUCAGGGGAUAUGAUGCUAUCUUUUCCCACUGGUAUAGUUGGUGUACUUGCCAACAAUCCGAAUCCUGCUAAAUUAUGUUUCAGACUGAAAAAUAUACAUAGAUUGGACAAUGUCCUACCGAACAAACAACUAAUAACAAUUAAUACAAUGAUGUCUACCCGUGAUAACACGGUCGUUGAAUUCAAUAUGCCUGCAUUAACAUCGCUGCUAAAGCGACAAUCGGAAAAGAACCCAACUGCCCAAUACUUCAAUGUAGAUAUACUUAAAUAUCAAGUACGACCAAAAACCGGCGCUGCGUCUUGUCCAUUCCAAAUGGUGUCUUAUUGGAAGUGUGAAAAGGACCAUACUGAUUUGAAAGUCGAUUACAAGUACAAUCUGCAUGCUAUGAGUCCUCCAUCGCCUUUACUUAACGUCUCUGUGUGCGUACCUAUGACGGGCGCUGUCACCAACGUAAUCGCAAUGCCGAAGAACACGUGGAACGGCGAGAACGAACAGGCAUUAUGGCGCUUCACAGAACUAUCGCAGCACUGUGAGGAUAGGGGCGUAGGUUCGUUAAAAGCUCGCUUCGAACUAGCUAAAGGUCCAUCUAACAAAACGACUAUUUCGGCGCAGUUCAACUGCGAGGGUGCGACCCUCUCCGGCAUUGAGUUUGAGCUAAUAGGUAGUGGUUACCGACUAUCUCUUGUUAAGCGGCGAUUUGUCUCUGGAAAAUAUAUUUGUGAUAGUGACUUGAACUGA